GUGGGGUUCAUCCGAGAUGGAUGAGGGGGCAGGGAUGAUGCUCUAGCUCCCGACCACGGAACCGGUGAUGCUGUGGGCGGGGCUGCGGAGGGGCUGGACUGGAGACGGGGCGGGCAGGAGGCGGUGCGCUUCGUCCGGGCUGGACUUGGGGCCGAGCCUGGCAGCCAGGCGGCAGUUCCGUGGUGUCUGUUCCGCAGGUGCAGCGCUGCAGCCUGAGCAGCGACGGCUCCACGUCGUUGGAAGGAGGAGCAGAAAGAUAGCCAGCAGCGGAAAGGACCGGCCGGGCUCUGUCUUUGCGCCGGGAUCGUGGCCUUGCUCCCCUGAUCGCCGCCGCCCGCCUGCCGUGCCCUUCAGUCCCCGUGGGGCCGGGGCCAUGUCGGGGCCGGGCCCGGGGGAGCCGGACGAACAGUACGAUUUCCUGUUCAAGCUGGUGCUGGUAGGGGACGCGAGCGUGGGCAAGACGUGCGUGGUGCAGCGCUUCAAGACGGGCAGUUUCUCGGAGCGCCAGGGCAGCACCAUCGGUGUGGAUUUCACCAUGAAGACGCUGGAGAUUCAAGGAAAGCGGGUCAAGCUGCAGAUCUGGGACACCGCUGGCCAGGAGCGUUUCCGUACCAUCACGCAGAGCUAUUACCGAAGCGCCAAUGGAGCCAUCCUUGCCUAUGACAUCACCAAAAAGAGCUCAUUCCUCUCUGUGCCUCACUGGAUUGAGGAUGUCAGAAAGUAUGCAGGCUCCAACAUAGUCCAGCUGCUCAUUGGGAACAAGUCAGACCUAAGUGACCUUCGAGAAGUUCAGCUGAGCGAAGCUCAGAGCCUGGCCGAGCACUACGAGAUCCUGUGUGCCAUCGAGACGUCUGCCAAGGACUCCAGCAACGUGGAGGAAGCCUUUGUGAAGGUGGCCACCGAGCUCAUGAUGAGGCACGGGGGGCCUGUGUUUAGCGAGAAGAACACAGACAACAUCAAACUGGACAGCAAGGACGUGGUGGAAGGCUGGGGCUGUGGGUGCUGAUGGCCCUGGGGCCAGGAGUGACACAGUGCCGAUACUGUAGUUUCCUUUGACCUAAUGCUAAGUAGUGUCCUUGCAAUAACUCUUGCCCCAGGACAGGGGGACCAACAAUUCUGUAGUAGCCAGAGCAGUUAUGAUUGUGCUUUGCUGAUUUUUUUCUUCCUAAAGGGACAUAGUUAAGGCAGUCUCCUGCUAGGACCAUAAUGUAUAAAAGAGGGAUUGUGGGGAAGGGCUUAGUGUAGCCUCUGAGGCCUCUUCUGGCUCUUUUGCUAUAGGGAAGACCCCCUAGAUGCAGAAAGGAGGAAGAGAGGCCAGAGCAUCCUUCCCCCAAUUCAUUUGAAGAAAAGUAGUUCCUACCCAGCAUCCUUUGCCUGUGUCCCUUUAAAUCUUUCACAUUUCAGGAGCCAGCCAAGCUCCUAAAAACUGGUGGGGCAAGUAGAGAGAAAAAUAGUCCUCAGCUCUGAAAGGGAAAGAGAAUACCCACUGAGAUCCUGAGGUGUACUGCCUUCCUCUAUCUCCAUCCCCUCCACCCUCAACUUCCCCUCCCCAUCCUGGUUUCUGUCAUUAUUCUAUUCUGAUCAUUCAGACGAUAAUGAGACCAAGGGCUUCUUCUAGGUCCGCUGCUUAGUGGCCCAUCUGGGUGAAAUGGAAGUUUGAACAGGGUUUAGAGUGCCCCCCCCACCCCCCCAAUGUAUUUAGUUUUCAUACUGUCCUGACUGGUUGUUUCCAGGAGAUUCUAGUCACUUCAGGUUUCUUUUCUUGGCCCAAGGUGAAAUCUAGCCUUUCCAGGGCCACUCCUUCUAGAAAGAGAAUCAGAUGAGCAGGGGUGGGUGGUCAGUGACAUCUUGGCACCCAUCAGCUCAGCUCAGACUCCCUUCUCCCCUGGGUUUGAAGCCUGAGGACACCAAGCACGGAGGGUGGAAAGAGCUCGGUCUCAGACUUGUUCCAGCUCAGGAGGCUUUGUUCUUUCUUGUCUUUGGUUCCUCGCCCUAAAAACCCCUCUUACCCAGGAUUUUUCACUCCUGAUUCCAGGCCUUUCCUUAGCAUCAGGGAUAGAAGGCAGGAAGUAUAAGCCCCAGUCAGGACAAGGAGAGUUAGAGUUCUGUUGGAAUUCCCCCAGACCAGCUACGAUCAGGAUCUCUUUCUUGGUAGAAACUAGUUCCUGAGAAGGUUUAUGGUUUUAGAAAAAAAUGUAAACUAAAAACCAAAACAGAAAGUGAAAAUACAAACCCAGAAACACAGGGCUGAAAAGCCCUUCCAAUCUGCUUUUUACUCAUGGUUAGGGGAGAGGAAUAAUUCAUUAUUUUGAGGCCCAGAGAUGACAACUUGAACUCUUAAUUCCCAUCCAGAGCAGCCCCCAGGAAAAGAAAUAUGGUCAAUGUUGACACCAGCUCUCUGUCCGGGGAUGGUGGGACUUGAGUAUCUCCCCCCUCCCCCUGUUCCUUUAUUGCCACUCUGCAGGAAAUGAGAGGCCCUGCUGAAGGGUUAGCUUUUUCCUCCCAACUCAAAUCUGCUAAAACAGUUCACCUGAUCUCCAAGAGAAAUAUGAUUAUUUUAAAGCCCCAACCCACUUUGCAAAAUCUAGCACCCACUCCUCUAGACAAUCUUAAAUUUGUGAAUCCUGAAGGAUUUCACCGAGUUGCCAACCCAUCAGGAGACAGAUUUUCUGCUAAGCCUUGAUCAGCCAGGUUCCUGCCCUCUUCUUGUCUCUCUCUGGGGUGCCAACCUUGGCCUGCCCAUCACUGCCUCCCUCUUCUUUCCAGGUAUCCCAGGUUGCAGCUUAAGCUUCCUGUCUCUUAUUCCUUCAGGACCUGACAGUUUUUAACUUUAGUUUAUAUUCACAGGAAAUGAAGAUGGCCAUAAGACCUCUUGGGUGCCUCUACCCUAGUGAAUCUGGGCACAUUCUCAGAGGCCUUCUAGAAUCAGUGCCUGUUUUUGUUACUUCUAGAAGGCUAUGUGAGUCCUCAGACCCUUUCCUUGGAUUUCCGGAUUAUCGAUCUCCCCAUUCAUUCAUCCUCGAAGGAGUCAGGCUCUAUUCCUAUCCUCCCUUGCAGGCUGGCUCCUCCUUGGAUGGAUGGAACCAAGCCAGGCUGCCUUCCAGGCAUUGCUGUGAGCAGUGUGAGCAGCUGCUAACCUUCAUCCAGAAGGGGAAUUCCUUCUAUGCUGAGGCCCAAAGAGAAUAUGAAACUUUGUGGUAUCCCCAUUCUGGCCUCAUAGAAAAGGUGAUGGGAAGUACUUCUCUCCUCUCUCCCUUAAGCUCCAAAUUCCUCUUCUUGGCCUUCUUGCUCACAAAGCUGCCAACAGGAGGUAUCCUGGCUGGAAUCUCAACUGCCCAAAUCUUUUUCUGCUAAAUCAUCCAAUUUGAAUGAUUGCGAGGAUGGUUUGCCUCUUCUAGUUUUAUAUAAUGUGGGUGAAUCGAGACUGGACACUGGACAGAAGUGGCUGCUUCUGUCUUGUACCCCAGUACAAAUUCAAGUAGCUGGACCUCUUAGUCUCAGUUCCAUCUGAGAUAUGUUUGGAAGAAAGCUGCUCCAUUGAGAUUUCUCUUAGUAGAGGAGGAAAGAAUGGGCUUUCUGAAAAGGGAAGCAGGCAGUUCCCUUGAUGCCCCACAUCCCUGCUCAUUUGAAGUUGUAGAACUGCCUGGGUGUUGGGAGGAAACCACCCAAAAGGGGUAUCUAGGAGCCAGCUCUUUCUUAUCUCACAAGGCCAUAGUGAAGAAAGGGCUUUGCAUAGAGUUAGAUACAAUCAAUCAUUAUUUCCUAGAACCAAAAUGGAACCAAUGGCUUCCACCCUCCUUAGCACCCCUGAUGAUGCUCUUUCCCUAAGCUGAAGAGCAGCAUGCACUGUAGGGGAAUUUGUCAGCUCCCACAGCCACAGGGGCAGACAGAGCUUGCUUUCUUACUUUUCUACCCUCCAGGGCCACCAAAUCAUAGUUGACUAUGUAGUUGUGUUUGAGCUAAAGGAAGGAUUUUGGUUAAAAAUAUAUUGGCUCCAAGACAGGCAUUCCCAAUUGUCUGGUACAGUAGGAAAUGAGGUUUGUGGUUCUCUUCUAGAAGGGGAACUUCUGGUAGAGCUGUCAUGGCUUUUGUUGAGGAUAAUUGCAGCUUCUUGCUGCUGUUGACUUUGUUUAGGCCAGACCCCUUCCUCUAUUUCCCUUGAUUUCACUGAAUUUCACUGUCCCUUGCUGAAUAGAAAUCCCCAUUAAAUCUCCUGGUUCUCUCAGUGGCACCUCAGGUUUAGAAACCAAGUCCCCCUUGUUGUCUCUGACCAAGUAACUGUUCAUUGGACGUCUUCACAGUCUUCUCCAUUCCUUUUGGCUCCUGGCACCCUUACUCUUGGACUUUUGAUCACCUCAAGCCUGGAUUCUAGUAAUAACUUCUUCCCUAGUUAGCCUCUUCAUUCUUCCCCUUCAUGUCACCAGACUUAUCUUGCUAAAAUACAUCUCUGAUAUCAUUCCCCCUGAUACAACCACCCAUGUCUGUUGAAUAAACCCAAUUCAGGCUGCCAUUCCAGCCCUUCCAAGAUUUUUCCUGCCUCCUACCCAAACCCUUUAAAGCCAAACAGAUGUCCUAAUUAUUCCCCAAAUAGAUCUAAUUUUUUCCCAUCACUGUUCCUUUCCGUACAUCAUCUACCCUUACUGGAAGUCCCUCUAUCUCCACCUUUCAUCCUUCAAGGCCCUGAUUAAAGGCUACAAAUCUUUUCAUGCCAUGAUUAGCCUCCCCACCUUCCCUUCCCUCCUUUUACUUGCUAGUAUUGCCCAUUCCUGUAACUCAUUAGAAAUGAUCAGGUGGUGGUCUUCUAGGGCUAGUGCUCCCCCACUAGAGACCCCAUCUUAUUUAGCUUUGCCUUAGGGCCUAGCACAGUGCCAUACAUGGGGGAGACAGUAAGGAUAUAUUAAGAGCAGGUGAGACCUCUUCUCCUUGGGCCUGGCGUGUUUACCCACCUGAGAAUUUGGCUUCUUAAAUGUCCUUCCCUGUGACACCUCCCCCACCUCGGAGAGUGAGGAGAACCUGUUCUAAUCUCUUCCUUGUUUAUAAAUUACCAAAGAGCAGGGGGAAGGGCUGCGAGGACGCAGUGCAGCCGGCCAGGCCAGCGGGGGAGGCUGGCCGUCCUGGAAGCAAACAGCCCGAAAUGGACACUGGCUUCUGAUGGAAUUUCAUCUCUAACCAGCCCCGACAGGCCAGGCCAGUUUGGGUUUCAGCUGUAGUUACGUGCACCGGGGAAGCCUUGGAUGGCCAUAGCUUCAUCCCAGCAUCUUGUGGGGGUCUCAGACACACAGAUCAUUUUCAGCUGUAGCUAAUGUGCCCCGGGGAAGCUGGCCAUAGCUUCAUCCCAGCAUCUUGUGGGGGCCUGAGAAACAUGGUUAAUGUCCAGAGGGUUUGCCUUGCUAUCUCCCAGGUGUCAGAUCUUGGCCAUCUGCAGAGAUGGUUUGUUGAAUAACCAGGGUUUGCAUGUUGUCGUGUAUAUAAAAUAGAAACUGGAAGCAGAUUUGGGCAUUCUCUACUCUGAGGACGUGGGGGUGGGGGAUCAUUCCAAGUGUGGUGAGGAUUUUUUCCCCAUUUUUGUGAAACUGCCAUCCCCUGAAUAGAUUUGCCCUGAAUCUGGGGGAGAGCAGCAUAGUUGCCCCCAGGACAAUAGUGGUCUGUCCGUUGGUCCCUCGAGGGCAGAAAGUUGAGAUCCAGCAUGUAUUCUGGAUUGCCAAUGUGUGUAGGAGGGAAGAAAGCUCUUAAUUCAUAUUGAAUUCAAUUAUUUCAUUUCCAAAAUGACUUCAGAGAUGACAGUGUUGGGUGGCCACCUCUUGGGGUCCCCUUUUCUCUCUCUUCUGUCACUUUCUCUGUCUCCUGUAGCUCCUCAGUCACUUUUCUCCUCAGGAGAACAUGGGGAACCAUUCUCUUUUUUGACUUGACCUACCCAGAUAAGGCCAAGGCAAUUUGGAAUGUGAGGCCUUGAGAGUGAACUUUAUAUACUUUAGUCAUUUUUUGAUAUUUUACCUUUCAUCUAUUUAUGGAUUUAUAAACUUUAUUAAUAAAAAUGUUUAUUUUUAAAAAUAUGAACCUUUCCUUUUGGAAAAUUUUAGCAGAACCAGAGUUGCUACACCCCUGUACACCAUUAAACAGAUUUCAUUAAAAAAAAAAAGCAGAUAUGCAAAAAA